GUCACAUCCGUUCAGCACGACAGCUCCCCAGUCCUCGAGCUUGCACUAGGAAGUCAUUUGCAUGUUAUUUGAUGAUAAGAAACAGCUUCAUACACUGGAUAAGUUGAAAGAUAGUGUGACUUUUUAAGAGACACCAUGGAGGAACAAACUGCAGACAUCGAGGUGACAGUCAAAACAUUAGACUCACAAAGCAGAACCUACACAGUUGGUGCUCAGUUGACCGUGAAAGAGUUCAAAGAGCACAUUGCCCCUUCGGUGGGUAUCCCUGUGGACAAACAGAGGCUGAUCUACCAGGGCAGAGUCUUACAAGAUGAAAGGACUCUGGCAGACUACAAUGUGGAAGGCAAGGUGAUACAUCUUGUCGAGCGUGCACCCCCUCCACCCUCCCAGCCUGGCUCGGGGUCUGGAGGCACUUCAGCUGAUACUGGACCCACCUCCUCCUCCCAGGGAACAUCUCAAGUGCCUCCACAUGAUCGCAACGCCAACAGCUACGUAAUGCUGGGCACCUUUAACCUCCCUGUGAACGUCAUGGACCCCCAGCAGAUACAGAUGUCGGUUCAGCAGAUGGUGUCUGGUAUGGGAGAGACUGCCAGGAAUGCCAGAGUCACAACCAGCACUGGGAGCAAUGGGUCUGUGAAUGUGCACAUUGAUAUGGACCAACCAGUGCAGAGCGAGCCUAGGCUGAGGCUGGUGCUGGCUGAGAACCUGCUGAGGGACAUAAAUCAUGUCAUCCACAGGAUGGAGGGUACGCCAAGUGAGCCGUCAGCUCCAACAGAGACCUCAUCCGCUGCGGCGGCUGCUGCUCCUCCUCCUCCCACAUCUUCAUCCACCAGCUCCACUCCUUCUCCUUCCACCCAGCCCAUGGACACCUCCCCACCUCCAACAACUCCCCCACCUCCAACAACUUCUUCAGCACAACCUGAGGGACCAACACCCCAACCUGGACCUAACCACCCAAGUCCAGCUGAGUUGGCGGAGAUGUUGUCUGAGCUUCGGAGGGUGGAGGAGAGACUGCAGCCCUUCAUCCAGAGAGCUCACACCAUCCUGGAGACAGCCACCACUGCAGAAUAUAACAAUAACUCAGAGAGAGAGGAGGACCAGCGUACUCUCAUCCUGACAUGGGAGUGUCUCCGUCUCCUUGGCAACGCCCUUGUGGCUCUCAGUGACCUGCGAUUGAACCUCAUGAGCCCUGUUCCCCGCCACUUGCACGUGGUCCGACCUUUUUCCCACUAUGCCACCCCAGUCACUCUGCCUGGAGCUGUGCACCACCACAUCCCAAUGCAAAUGAACCUGGGUGCUACAGUGACUGUUGCGGCUAACGGCACUGAGGGACAAGCCCCGCCCACACAACCGGCCACCCAAUCGGAGCAGGCAGGUCAGGGACAGACCCCCCCCACACAGACUUCCCCGUCCAAUCAGCAGGCUGGACCGGGACAGGCUGGCCCACGUGUCAUCAGGAUCAGCCACCAGGCAGUCCCGGUGGUUAUGAUGCAGAUGAACACGGACGGCUCAGGUGCUAACCCCGGAGCUGGACCGCAAAUGCCUGGACAACCAGGUGCCCUCCCCCCUGACUUUAUGCGGAAUCUCAUGCAACAGAUUAGCCAAUAUGCUGCUGCCGUAGCUACUAGUGCUGCCACCGCCACCGCCCAUCCCACCGCACCCCAGCCCCCCCCUCCUGGCUACAACUCCACAGCCAACUCCUCAACUACCACCACGGGUCCUAACACACCCACCACCACACCUACCGCUCCUCCACCGCCUCCCCAUGCCGGCCCCCAGCCCCAGGCCAGGGUCGUGUUCACCCGACCCCCCUUUGCACAGAACAUGCCCCCCCCGUCCUUUGGCACUCGGGGAACCACCAUCAACGUGAGAGCUGCCAUGCCAGGCCAGCAGCCAGGACAGCCGUUCAACCCUGCUGCUCUGAACCAGAUGAUUAGUGGACUGGUUGGGCAGCUUUUACUACCAGGACAAAUGGGUAAUAACGCUGGUCAAACAGUCACAUCCUCCUCCUCCAUUUCCACAUCCUCUCAAUCAUCCUCCUCCGCCUCCUCCUUUUCUUUCUCCAACUCGACUCCAACUCCUCCGCCUACUACAAGCACUACUGGUCCAGCGAGCCAAUCUGAGACAAACACCAGUGAGCCCCAGUCCCAGGAGAUGCCCCCAGACUUAAGCCACUUCCUGGAUUCUCUCCUCGGUGUGGCCGGCGGGGCCACUGGGGGCGCUAUGGGGGCCCCUUCCAUUACUGUCACCACAUCUGGUGUCCCAGCCUUCAUCCAGGGAGUGAGUGAAUUCAUGCAGCAGGCCCAACCCAUCUUCUCUCCACCCCCACCUUCCUCCGGUACCGCUCCCGCUGCAGGGACCGCGCCCAACCCCCCCGCAGGAGCCGAGGCCCUCAACCCGGAGCUGUUCACAGGCAUCGUCCGCGGCGUCCUGAGCACCAUGAUGGGCUCCCUGGGCCAAGCCCAAAACGACACCGAGAGCAUCGCCCAGUUCAUGCAGAGGCUGUCCCAGGCCACCAACAUCUUCAUCAGUCCCGAGGAUCCUACCGGCUUUUUUGGAGAGCUGCUGAUGUUGGUGUGCCAGACGUUCACCAUGUCAGACCUGGUGAUGCUGCUUCAUGGUCAGCACCAGCCUCUUGGCCGCAUCCAGCCUCAACUGUCCCAGUUCUUCACCCAGAACUACCUCAACGGCAGAGAGCCCACCGAUGAGAAUAUUACUGCUGCGGCGGAGAGUCUUGUGAACGAACUGGAGGAGUAUAUCAGCGAGAGCUUUAGAGAGUCGUCAGUCACAGUGUUGGACGGCGUCGACGCCACUCAGACCAACAUGUCCUUCUUCAGACAGCAGCUGAUGCACAUCGCCACCCAUAUUCUCCGCUGCACGGAUGACACAUUUGGGCCUCGGCUGCUGCAGAUGUGCAAUCAGGCAUUGUUUGAGUGUCUUGCCCUGAACCUGCACUGCCUGAGAGGAGACCAGAGAGCCCUCACCGCCGUCAUCAACCACCGCAUACGGAGGAUGUCCAGUGACAUCAGCCCCAGCCUGGUCAACUGGAUGACCAGCAUGAUGACCAUGAGGCUGCAGGUGAUUCUGGAGCACAUCCCCAUCACAGAGGAGCAGAUCCAGAACUAUAUAGUUCACACACAGACGGAGCAGUCUUCAACUGGCACACAAGAGCCCGAACGAGCACAAAGUGCAACGAUCGGGGACACCCUCUCGCCAGCGGCGGCCACCACAGCAGAGGAGGCCAUGUCGGUGUCGCACGACACCAGGGCGCCGUCCCGGGAAACGCGGGCGUUGCCAGGAGACCUCGGGGCCUCCGGAGGAGCCGCGCCGCUAGGGGGCGACAUGGCGGCAGCUGGAGCCGAGGGAGGCAGCGACGAGUCAGCCCGCGAGUCGGAGACCUGGGCGGCUGCUGUUCCGCCUGUGAGAGCCCACACAGAAUGGGUGCCCAUCAUCAGGUGCGAUAUGAUGACCCAAAGGAAGAUGAAGGCCCAGCCCCCGCUGUCUGACGCUUAUCUGCACGGCAUGCCGGCUAAACGCAGGAAGACGGGACUUGGCGGCGGAAGCCUCCUCUCUCUCUCUGACGCGGUGAGUCAAGCAGCCAGGGCGGCGGGAGUGAAGCCCAUCACUUCUGCGGAGCGAUUACAAGACGAUCUGGAGAGCCAGGAGCUGAAGGAGGCGUAUGCAGAACAGGUUAAAGCGGACAUCAAGAAACGAGUGAGGGAAGACCCGGAUUUCAACUCUCAGCAGUCCCCCAACGCACACAGAGCCUUUUCAUCAGACUCCUAAUAGAGUGCAACGGAGAUUCUCAUCAUUUUUAUUUCUUUGAUCUUCAUUCCCCCAAACUUUCUGUAUGGCUUGAUAAGCAGUUAGGAGCCCAUUUGACUAAUUGCCUCAUGCUAUUGUGACUAUUCUCCCAGUGCCUAUUUAUUUUGGUCCAACAUUUGGCUGAGAAAAUGUUCCUAACGCGAUGGGGUCAGAUUUACCUUUGACUAAAUCAGGUCACUUUAAUUCUGCUUGGAUACUUGUAUGUCUUUUUUGCCCUCAUAUCCUUGUUACUUUGUUAAUAUGGAGCCCAAAUUCUCAUUUAGUGGAUUUUAGACUUCCUGUAAAUACUCCUGAGUGCAGGAGUAUGCUUUCAUGUGACGAACAAGCGGUUUGGUACAUGAAUGUAAAGUAAGCUUAAUAAAAAAAAUACUUGAUACAGUAAAAGUCU